CUUUUUCCUUUCCUUUCUUUUUAUCUCCCUUUUGUCUUUUCCUCUUACAGGAGGCGCGAUUUUCUUCAGAGUCGUCUGAUCUGUUUCCCGGCGGGGUCGAUCAAUAAGGUGCCCAGCGUCGUCAUGGUCGUCUGACUGGCCACAUCAGCCACAUGGGACAGCACAGGCUCGAUGCGUUCGUUUAUCAGACUUUCGCUUCUCUGAGGCUCUUCCCCGCUUCCAAAUAAGUUCCAAGCUGUACUGUAAUGUUUCACGAGACCAAUUCAGAAAUCUUUGGGCGGAGGUCGCCUUGUUCCUGGAGGCACCUGACGCUGAGAUGAUGAAAGGAGGGGUUCACAGCCAGCCAUCCCGUCUCUAGGUUUGGACUAGAGGUAAACUUUCUCGACAGUUCAAGCAUUUGUCGGCCGAGAGGAAUUGCGGGAUUCGUCACACGUACCGGUACGGGGAGUUGUGCCUAGGUUGAAACCGGCAUUGAUGGGAGGUGCUCAACGUCGGCUUUAGAGUUGGAGACUUGGGAGACUCGGCUAACUGUGGAGAGCUUGAGCUUCAAAGAGCUCGCUCUCUCUUGUGCAUAUGGUAUGCCAUGGUCAUGAUGACCACGCCGCAUUUGGGCCUUUGUCCGGGGAAACAAACAUGCAUACCCUGUAUGAGUGCGUGAAUGACCUGCUCUCGACAGACAUACCAUCGAGUUUGCUUGCGGCGAGAUCUUCAUUCAUCGUCUAUCUCACAGGUCACCCACCCACGUGGCCGAGAGCCCAUUGCAAGGCAAGGUAAGGUACCUUCAGGUGCCUCGAGUCGACAGGCCUCCCCACGCUGUGAGCCACACCCAAGCUUCACGGUUGUGGGGAUCCUUGUUAGAAGAUCCUGGACUGGAGCUUCUAACAGAGAGGGAGGGGUUGCAGAUGAUCAAAAAAUGCAGUACGGAUACAAAGCUUCCUAUUUGGUCACCGCGGGCCGACACUGAUUUUCAGGGUGAUUGCGCCAUCUGUAUCACUCGGAGGGUCAUCGCUCGACUAUCGGAUGUCGGCGGCCGGGUCAGGUCAGGUAAGGUAUGGAGUGAUAAAAUGAAGUCGACAUUCAAGACAACAUACUCCGUACAUAAGGUACCUUGGACUAACGACGACGGGGGAAUGAUUAUCGUGGCAUGUAUGAGCAUUGAUCCAAUAUCACGAUAGACUAUGCCGUGGAUAAGACUUGAUCCAGAUUCGUGGUAAAGCUUACCACCCUGGAUACUACAACAUCUCUGUCCUGCAACCACCAGGUUGUCCCAGAUUCAUAGUAGGUCACGGUCACGCACAAUCACACAAUCUCAGAGUUUUCACCCUUACAUCUGACUGAUACCCAACAAUCGCGGUGGCUGCAUCUACAUAUACGUAGUUGCAUCCAGACGUGAUUGUGUGCUAUAGCUGAUCUAACCUACAACGGCAGCUGUUUGGCUGUACCAUGGCAUCGGUGUCAAUGAACGUGUUGGGGUUUCUCUGCAGCCCGAUCCUGUUUCGGUCGGCAGUCCCGUCAGGCAUUUGCUGGGUGUGGCGGGCGGGUUGCACUCGGGAAUGUCAUGGGUUUGAAUAUGCAGCUACUCCGUAUCCGAUCUCGGGAAGUGCCACAUACCGGUAUCUCUUUGACGGUACGGUACCUUAUCUAAGUACGUAGGUACUGAUAGGUAAGGUAGGCCAUGAACUGCGACAGGGGCUGAGCUAUGAUGAACGAAAAUUUUCAACUGGCCUUUUAUUAGUGCUGCCAAGAAAUGCAUGUUCAAAGCAAGAAUGAGUUGAUAAGCAAAAGAAAAAGUACGGAGUACGCGAAUGUUCACAACAACGCCUAAUCACAUUUCACUAUCAAAUGUGCACUUCGGACAAGGAAACACGAAAGAAUCAUCUCAAUAGAACAUUUCAAAUAACCCACAAGCCCCUUAGAACCAUUGGGUCCCAUUGGUAUAGAGGGAUCCUCAAGAUAUGAUGUGUCCAUAGGUAGGUAGGUACCUAAGCAACGCUUAAUAUAACAACAUUACUAUUGAUAAUUAUCAACCCAUUUCUGAC